AUGGGAAAGCAUGACAAAAAGACAGGUAAAGGUCGUCUAGACAAGUUCUACAAGCUUGCGAAGGAGCAAGGUUAUCGUGCUCGUUCAGCAUUCAAGCUCAUCCAUCUCAACCGCAAAUACGACCUCCUCGCAAAAUCCAAAUGUACCAUCGAUCUAUGUGCAGCACCAGGAGGUUGGUUACAAGUAGCUGAAAAGUACAUGCCGAAAGGGUCUCUCAUCAUCGGUGUUGAUCUUCAUCCCAUCAGAGCCCUACCCCACGUCACUACCUUCGUAUCCGAUAUCACGACCCCUCAAUGUCGCAACCUCCUCCGGUCGCAUAUGCACGAUUGGAAAGCCGAUUUGGUUCUGCAUGAUGGUGCUCCGAACGUAGGUAGUGCUUGGGUUCAAGACGCUUUCACGCAGAACGAAUUGGUGUUGCAGAGUUUGAAACUUGCCACUGAGUUCUUAGUCAAGGGUGGAAAUUUCGUUACCAAGGUGUUUAGGAGUCAAGAUUAUAAUUCCCUCUUAUGGGUCUUUGGACAGUUAUUUGACAGUGUGGAAGCUACUAAACCUCCCUCAUCAAGAAACGUUUCCGCAGAGAUCUUCGUCGUGUGUCAAGGCUUCAUCGCUCCAAAGCAUAUCGAUCCCAAAUUCUUGGAUCCAAAGCAUGUCUUCAAAGACGUCGCGGCUCUGCCAACUUCUAUCACCCAGUCUACAGGUGAAGGAUCAACGACAGCGGCGUCAUCGUCAAAACCCGCGGUCAACAACCAAGCUCAUGCGAAUGUUUUCAUGCCGGAGAAGAACAGGAGACAUAGGGAUGGUUACGCGGAAGGAGAUUAUACUUUGUUCCACAAGACAACAGUGGGGGAUUUUGUCAAGGGAGCGGAUCCUGUGGCGCUACUUGGUAGCAUGAAUCAAAUCGAAUUUGUUACUGAAGAGGAAAAAGGAUGGCUUAAAUCUCGACAUACCACCCCGGAUGUUCUAGCCAACUUCGCCGAUCUCAAAGUGUUGGGAAAAGGAGAUUUCAAGCUACUCAUGAAAUGGCGUACGGCCAUUCGACUGCAAACGGGGUUGGACGUCAAGGCAGAUGCGACUAAAGACCUCACAGAGGAGGUAAAUAUUCAACCCAUGGAUGAGGAAGAACAAAUCUCUGCUGAACUGGAAAGACUCCGCGAAAGCAAACUUUCUCAAACCAAGAGAGAAAAGAAACGUGCAAAUGAGAAGAAAGCGAAAGAACUCCUCAAACAUCAACUCCACAUGACCGUUCCUACCGAUCUCGACUUUGACGAUCCUACUCUUGGCGGUGAACAAGUUUUCGAUCUUGGUGAGGGUGAAAAGGAGUUGUCUCGGAGAGGUCGGAAAUCCACUCUGGGUGAGACUUUGAAAGAUGCCGACGGGAUGUCAUCUUCAGAUUCGGAGUCUGAAAAUGAGGAAGAAGAUGCCGAAGUGCUAUCUUCUGACGAAGAACGUGAACGUCGGACCGAGGCUCUGGAGGGCGAAUUGGACGGGAUGUAUGACGAAUAUCAAGAAAGGAUGAAAGAACGGGAUGCUAGGUGGAAAGUCAAACAGGCUCGUUUGAGAGAUAAAAACUUCGCCGCUUGGCAUGGUAUCAAAGAAGGAAGUGAUGCGGAAAGUGAUGAUGAGAUCGAUAAGAGUUACAAAGGUGGGAUGGUACGUGUUCCCAGAAGGGGAGAUGCGGAUGAAUCAGGAGAGGGGGAUGGAGAGGAAAGUGAAGAGGGAGGAUGGGAUGUGGUUACGGCGAGAAAAGAAAAAUACGAUGUUGAUUCGGAUGAUUCGUCAGAUGAAGAGAAGAUGUCUGGAAUUCAGACACACGAGAAAAAGCGGAAGGCAGUGAGGUUUGAUACAGGACAAAAGACGGUUCAGAAGAAUCAAGGUUUGGUGACUUCUUUGAGGGAGAAAGAGGAGAAAGCACAGAUGAGUCGACAAGCUCAGUUAUGGUUCACACAGUCGGUGUUUAAAGACGUUGGGGAUCUUGCUGCUUUGGAUGGCGAUGAUGAGGGGGAGGUAUCUGCUGAGGGAUCGAUCGAUGAACAAGAGAUGGACUUGGAAGGAGAUGGGAAUGAAGAAGAGGAUGAGGAAAUGUCUGAGGAGUUGUCAAGUGCUGGAGAUGAGGAAGGAAGUGAUGUGGAGAUGGCUUCCGUCAGUGAUGAGCAGGACGGUGAGGAACAGGAAGAAGAAGAGGAGGAGGACGAUUUUGAGAUCGUUCCUCAGGAUAAAGACGACGGUCAAGCUUGGGAUGUUGAUGAUGUGGAUCAGGAUGAGGUGAAACAGAAGGUUAUCAAAGACAAAGGUCUUCUCUCAGCCGAAGCUAUAACCCUAGCCACACGUCUAAUAAACCGUCAACAAACACUAUCUUCAUUAAUCGACGACGGGUUCAAUCGUCAUUCAAACUUGAACAAAGAUUCACUCCCAAAUUGGUUCUUAGAUGAUGAAGCAAAACAUUAUCGUCCUAAUAUCCCAAUAACAAAAGAAGCUGUAUCGGUAUUACGUGAACGUCAAAGAGCUUUAGACGCUAGACCUAUAAAAAAAGUAGCAGAAGCAAAAGCUAGGAAAAAAUAUCGUGCUAUUGCUAGAUUAGAAAAAGCUAAAAAGAAAGCGGAUGGAGUUAUGGAUACUGAUGAUUUAAACGAAAAUGAAAAAGCUAAACAAGUUGGUAAAUUGUUAAAUCGUGCAAAAGGGAAAGAUAAAAAGAAAGAAAAGAAAAUCGUGGUUGCUAAAGGUUCGAACAAAGGUAUUAAAGGUAGACCUAAAGGUGUUAAAGGGAAAUAUAAGAUUGUAGAUUCUAGAAUGAGGAAAGAGGUUAGAGCUGAGAAGAGGAUUAAAAAAGCUGGGAAAAAGAGAAGAUGAAUUCUUUUCUUUUCUUUUCUCUCUUUCUGUCUGAUCCUCUUCGUUUCUCUUUCCUGGUCAUUUGUUAUUUCCUUUUCCUGUCUUCGUUAGUUUUCUCAACAGGCAUAGGGAGGACAAAUGGCGGACUUGAAUUUUGAAAGGGAAGGAGAGGGGACAUGUGUAUGCAUCGUUUAAACAAU